AUGUUCUUUAACGCCAACAACAAUAACAACACUAACAACAACACCAUCAAUACCAACAAUACCAACAACAAUAACUCAUUCUUCGUCAUCACUAACAACACUACUACUACCACUACUACAAGAACCACAACAACCACCACAGCAGCUAUUGCUGCCGCCUUUGCGGCAAUCGCAGCAGGCAUCAUUCAGACCGUUCAUCACCAUCCAACUCCAAUUCCACCACCAAUCCCCAUUCAACAACAACAACAACAACAACAUCAACAGAAACAACAACUCUCGAAACCCUCCUCUAAAUCUUCCUCCUCUGAUAUUUCCUUGAAAGAUCAAUUAGAUUUCCUGCUUCUGUUAGAUAUUUUACUGAAGUCAUUGCUUUUGGACGACUCAAAGAAGGGAUCAGAUUUGCGCUAUCGCUAUUAUAAUAGAGAGGAGGUUGUUGUUGUCGAAGAAGAAGAACGAGAAGAAGAAGAAGAAGAAUUUAGAGUGUUUAGAGGCUUUAGGAGAGGAGGCUUUAGUGGCUGUUGUGGAGUAGUAGGAGGAGUGAAUAGUAGUAGUAGCAGCAACGGAGUAGUGGUUGGAGGAAAUAGUUAUUGGGCUAAUAGCUGGCAGAACUGCUCAUAA